AUGGAGUACCAUCCCUCCCUCUUGCUCGCAGUGGUCGUGGUGGCCGUCCUGGCCCUCAAGUACUUCAAUCAGACGGACAUUCCCAAGAUCAAGGGGUUGCCAGAGAUUCCUGGAGUACCCAUUUUUGGUUCUCUUCUGAAGCUGGGUGAUAGCCAUGCACGGGCAUGUGCUCAACUGGUACCCAAGUAUGGUCCCGUGUUCCAGGUGCGACUUGGGAAUCGGCGAGUUAUUUUUGCCAAUUCAUUCCAAGCGGUGAAAGAUCUGUGGAUUGGCCAUCACGCCGCUAUGAUAUCCCGUCCAACGUUCUGGACCUUUCACAAGGCGGUCUCGAAAAACGACGUAUUCACUUUGGGCACUUCACCCUGGAAUGACUCGGUCAAAGUGGUACGAAAGAUGGCGUCAACGGCCAUCAAUCGGAGGGCUGUACAGACAUAUCUGCCUCUAAUCGACCUUGAAUGUACGACGAGCCUCAAGGAAAUAUUGGACAAUUCCGAGCACGGCGAUAUUAACCCUAAUGGGUACUUUCAGAGAUUCUCACUCAAUAUUAGUCUGCGUUUGAACUACGGAUUCCGCAUCAAAGGCUCGGUUCAGGACAAAAUGCUCAAUGAAGUCGUUGACGUCGAGCGCGAGCUGGGACUUCUCCGUGGCUCGGCGCACUGCUGGCAGGAUUACAUACCGAUCUUGCGCUUGUGGCCGCGAUAUCGAGCUCAUGCAAAAACUCUGGCUGCGAGGCGAGACGAAUAUAUCUUGUCGUUUCUGGAUGAGCUGAAACGACGAAUGGAGAAUGGCACAGACAAUCCAUGCAUUACGGGCAAUGUAUUGAGAGACCCAGAGGCCAAGCUUACUGAUGGACAGUUGAAGACUUGUUGUCUGACCAUGGUUGCCGCCGGUCUUGAUACGUUACCAUCCAACAUCAAUCUAAUGAUCGCAUAUCUUGGUUCUCCGCACGGUCAAGAAAUACAAGCUCGAGCUUACGAAGAACUGACCAAGACAUACCCUGACGGAGACGGUUGGCACGCGUGUAAAGAGGCCGAAACGUGCGAAUACUUGGUGUCUUUCAUCAAGGAAAUGCUUCGAUAUUGGAGUACAUUGAAUCUGGCCUUUACUCGCGAGACUGUCAAGCCUAUCGAAUACAAAGGGGCCGUGAUUCCCGCGGGCACUCCUAUGUUCUUGAACACGUAUGCUGCCAACCAUGACCCUACUCACUUUAAGGACCCUGAAUCCUUCAUCCCAGAGCGAUUCAUGGGCCAAGAGACGGUCGGCGGUGGCAUACAGCAGAUGGCAUAUGGAGCUGGGGCCAGACAAUGCGAAGGAGCUCAUCUGGCCAACCGGCAGCUUUACAUCAUCUUUACACGGUUAUUCCUGGGCUUCCGCAUCUACGAGACAAGUGAUCUUUCUGCGCGACCGAUUUUAGAUCCUAUCGAGUGCAGCAUGGACAAGACUGGCUUGGUGUCGAUCCCGAGAGCGUUCAAGGUUCGGUUUGUGCCUCGUAGCCGGCCACAAUUGGAGAAGUGGAUUCACGAGUCUUUGGUUGCCACCGAGUCGUUUGAUGUAUGA